AUGAUUAUAGAACGUUUCUGGUUGCAUUUGGAGGCAUUUUCAGCACACUUUACUAACAAAACCAACAAAAUUCAUUCAGUUCUUGAUCAAGGUACAGGAUUUGUGAAAAUCGGCCGGGCAGGCCAGAAUUUCCCCGAUCACACGUUUCCCUCAAUAGUGGGCCGGCCGAUACUCCGGGCAGAGGAAAAAACAGGUGAUGUGAAGAUUAAAGACAUCAUGUGUGGAGAUGAGGCAUCAAGUGUGAGGUCAUCUUUGCAAGUGUCGUAUCCGAUGGAAAACGGCAUAAUCCGGAACUGGGAGGACAUGGAGCACUUGUGGGACUAUGCGUUUUACGAUAAGAUGAAGAUGGACACGGAGGGCCGGAAAAUCUUGCUGACCGAGGCACCGUUGAACCCAUUGAAGAACAGAGAGAAAAUGUGCGAGGUGAUGUUUGAAAAGUACGGGUUUGGAGGAGUUUACGUGGCGAUCCAGGCUGUUUUGGCAUUGUAUGCGCAGGGUUUGUCAUCGGGAGUGGUGAUAGACUCGGGUGACGGUGUGACGCAUAUCGUUCCGGUGUAUGAGUCGGUCGUUUUGAGUCACAUGACGAAAAGAAUCGAUGUUGCCGGCCGAGAUGUGACGAGAAACUUGAUCAAUCUCUUGCUUAGAAGGGGGUACGCAUUCAACAGGACGGCGGACUUCGAGACUGUCCGCCAGAUCAAGGAGAAGAUGUGCUAUGUGUCGUACGAUUUGGCGUUUGACGAAAAAUUGAGUAAUGAGACAACAACUCUGGUUCGGAAAUUCGAACUUCCGGACGGCCGGCUCAUAAAGAUCGGAUCUGAGCGGUUUGAGGCACCCGAGUGCCUUUUCCAGCCCUCGCUUGUGGAUGUGGAGCAGCCGGGAAUCGGCGAGGCGCUCUUCAAUGUGGUGCAAGGAUGUGAAGUCGACAUCCGCUCGACCCUUUACAAGUCGAUUGUUUUGAGUGGAGGAUCCUCGAUGUAUCCCGGUCUCCCAUCGCGGUUGGAGCGCGAACUCAAGCAGCAGUGGCUUGCCAAAGUUCUCCACGGGGAUCCGGCUCGUUUGCCAAAGUUUAAAGUGCGGAUUGAGGAUCCUCCUAGGAGAAAAUACAUGGUUUUCAUUGGAGGAGCUGUUUUGGCCAAUAUUAUGGCCGACAAGGAUCACAUGUGGGUUAGUAAGGCAGAGUGGGAUGAGCAGGGUGCUCGUUCGCUAUCGAAGUUUGCUCCUCAGUGA